UUCCGCUCCUUUCACAUAGUAAAUGCCCCCCGCCGCAGUCCCCCGGACCACCUUCCGAGCCCGUUCUCUCCCCUUUCCCCGAGGCGGGGGCGUCAAGGCGCACGUGAGGUUGCCAGUCUAUCUUCCGUAGAAGCCGGUAAGCGUGCUGCGGCCUACGCUGCCGUCGACGCUCACUUUGGCAAUACGCCGGGGUACGUUGGCAUUGGAUCUGGUAGUACGGUAUCCUACGUCGUUGAUCGGAUCCGGCAAUUAUCGGACGAGAGGAUCGGCGGCACAGGAUUCGUGCCGACGGGGCAUCAGUCCCGGGAACUUCUGUGUAAUGCCGGGCUUCGCGUGGUGCGGUUGGAGGAUGUGCCGGGGAGAAUUAGUGUUGCGUUCGAUGGCGCGGACGAAGUGGACAGGUGGUUGAACUGCGUGAAGGGUGGGGGUGGGUGUAUGCUCUUGGAGAAACUUGUAGCGAUUCGGUCGGAGCUUUUCAUUGUUGUUGCUGGUUCGUCCAUAACUUUACCCCCCCUGUUUGGCUACCGGCAGCCUUUUUCGAAGACUAACGGACAGACGAUAAAAGCCCAAACAAAGCUAUCACGCGUCCUCCUGACCUCCCGCAGCCGUGGCAUCCCGCUGGAAGUGAUCCCCAGCGCAACGCCAUACGUCCUCUCGGAGCUGCGCUCGUUGGGUUCCACGGAUCCGCGGGUUCGGGACGGGGCAUCUGCGAAGCUGGGGCCGUGCAUAACGGAUAACGGAAACUUUAUUAUUGACGCCCCGUUUCCACCGCUCGCCACAAGUGGAGCUGUUGUCGAGCUGGCUGAGAGCUUGAAGGGGAUUGUUGGCGUUGUGGAACACGGGAUUUUUUGGCGGGGGGAUAGGAGGCCGGAGAAAGCCUUCUUCGGAGGGGCGGGCGGA